AUGCCACCAACCUUGCAUCCUCACCUGAAACGAGGCCUCGACUUUGGGCCUGUCUACAUUGAGCCAGAAGAUGCCAUCGAAGACCCUCCAAGCGGCCGGCAUUGCAAUCCCCAGGAACAAGAAGCGAAACGCAGACGGGUAGAAGCCAUUGCGACGCAAUAUUUACGUCGUGGGCGACUGCCCGUCAUCCUUUCAGCCGGACUGCGAGGACCUUUCGAUCAAGCGUGGAAGAACCCAUGGAUGACAGCUACAACUCGGUCCAGGAGACGGUCUGCGGAGAAGAGCACUGCCACUAAGUCAGGGAAAAAUCGUGCUGGGUCGAAGAACCUGUCGGAUUCUAAAGGCAAUGUCAGGGUUGAAUCUAUUGGGCCAAAUCGAAAGAAGAGUGGGAAAGAGACGUCGGAGGGAAGGAUUGCGUCGCCUGAGACUUCGAGGGCCACUACCGAUGCUCUCAGCUUUCGUGAGCAAGACCACAGCCUGGACGAAGUGGAGGUCGAAAUUCCACCUGCCACGGCACCUCCGCCUACCGAGGACAACGCGUCAGGAUCGACCGAGUUCUUCAGUGCAAACACCGGGAAAAUCAUUCAGACUCGAUCUCCUCUGAGUAACCCCUUUUGGCUGCGGCGUCCUGAAUCGGAACGAAGAGGGGUGAUACACUUCUCUCAGAAUGGCAAUGCAGAGGCUUCACCGACACAUUCUCGAAGUGAUCGUUCGAAGAGAGCUGUGGCUGAGAGUCACCAAAAGAGACUUUCAAGGACCUCUGCACGUGCUCAAAGCGCAUCUAAGACAACACCUCUAUCUGGAAAUUGGGGAUCCAGUGCUUCGGCUUCCAUGCUCAUCUCAUCACUGAUAAACGACCCUGGUGGCCCUCCUUCUGGUGAGGCUCCAGGACAACACCAUGAAUCUACAGAUGCUCAAAGCAAAGCGGGGGAACCAGCACCUUCAAUCAUUGGCGAUCAUAACCCUCAGCCAGUUGCAUCGCCUAGACGUGUCCCACAAAGUACUGAGGCCGAUCGACUUUCACAGCAAUCAGGUAAUCAUAAGACGCUGAGGACAAAUGGCUCAGCGAAUCGUGCAACGGUAGACGUACCAUCGAGCACAAGGAUACACAAUGCUCCACUGCCUCCGUCCUCGACGCUGACCCGUCGAGCUGCACGAGAGAAGGUUGCGGAAGGUGCUCCACGACACGACCGAGUGGCAUCACCGACGCUGGCUUCGUCAACAGGCUUCAAGUAUAGAAAAAUCUCAAAUCCUAGGAGCAGGACCGAGCUGCCAGAACCAAAGGCCAGGGCUGUGAACAUUCAUUCUUCUCCAGCUAAGAUGAGGACUGACCAAGAGAAGCACGCUGAAGGCAGUUAUAUCGAGGUUGAUGCGAUGCCUACCGUAUCCAAGGAGCAACAGGACAAUCGUGAUGGUGCCCAACGUCAUUCAGAGCUGUCAAAUUUGGCAGAUGAUAUGAUAAAAGGGCUGCACCAAGCAGAAGGCGACUCAGAGCAGCCCAGUCAUGAGUCAGCAAUGUCUACACAAGCGGCCAUGUUACUCGCAGCGCUCGAGUUUCAAGAGAGUACUUAUCGAAGUCUGUCGCCUGCGGAUACUCGAAGAUGGUCACAAGUGUCUGGAAAUAUAUCCCGCACAACGUUACACGUACCUAGUCCAGCGAUUACGCCGCUAUCGGUGUUCGGUAAACGGUUAGGGGAAGGAUUUUCCAAGGAUAGUGUACUGCGAGGCCCUCCAAUAAGCACACAGGACCUCUUCGGAGCUGCAUCGCCAUUUGCUUUCAGCACCAUGAAGAAGAAGCUCGCAGGUCCACGACAGAGCGACCUGGGAUUUGGGCUGGCUCAAGCACAUGAUGACGAUCUCACCGCCGAUGAAGUGGCCGAAAAGAGCCCCACCCCAACAGCUGAGCGAGUUCCAUUGAAGGCCAAAGGGAACACUCCGUCUUUGUGGAGCUUCAUUAGCGAUAAACAAUUGCAAGCGUCCCAAGAGUCCUUGCUACAUCGGUCGAGAAGGUCUGUCAACGAUGUUGAGCUUCCGCAAUUCGACCUUAAGACGCCGCUGGAUGAGUUUGAGGCCAACAGCGGGUUGCAUUUCACUGAUCGUUUCUUGCACAAUCUGGAUACUACCUGA